AUGAACCCCGAGGACCAGGAUAAGAACACGUUCACCUGCCCGUUGGGAACCUAUGCGUACAGACGCGUGCCCUUCGGAUUAUGCAACACUCUAGGUACUUUCCAACGUUGCAUGAUAAGCAUAUUCUCGAAUUUGAUAGAAGAUUGCAUAGAGAUCUUCAUAGAUGAUUUCACGGUCUACGGAGACUCUUUCGACUCGUGCUUACAACAUUUGGAUGUCGUACUAGAGAGGUGCCAGUCAAAGAGUCUAGUUUUGAACUUCGAAAAAUGUCAUUUUAUGGUUACAGAAGGUAUAGUCUUAGGACACGUGGUGUCAGAAAGAGGGAUCCAGGUGGAUCAAGCCAAGGUGGAUGUCAUAUCCAAGCUACCUUGGCCUACUGACCAGAAGGGAAUAAGAGGUUUUCUAGGGCAUGCUGGAUUUUAUCGAAGAUUUAUCAAGGAUUUUGCCAAGAUCGCCCAACCUCUUACCAGACUCCUCCAAAACGAGGUGGAGUUCAUUUUCGACGAGCAUUGCAAGGCUGCCUUUAACCUUCUCAAGGAAAAGUUAAUCUCUGCACCGAUCAUCCAAGCUCCUAACUGGGAUCACCCCUUUGAGGUGAUGUGCGAUGCUAGUGACUAUGUCGUGGGGGUCAUACUUGGUCAGAAGGUGAAUGGAAAGAGGUACGUGAUAUUCUGUGCAUCUAAGACCUUGAAUCAAGCCCAACGGAACUAUGACACCACCGAGAAGGAGAUGUUGGCUGUUGUUUAUUCAUUCGAGAAGUUCAGACAGGAUGCAUACGAGUUCUGCAAAGGCUAUGACUGUUGCCAACUGACCGGUGGGAUCUCUGCAAGGGAUGAAAUGCCACAAGUCCCAGUGAUUGUUUGUGAAGUGUUCAACAUCUGGGGCAUGGACUUCAUGGGUCCUUUUCACUCAUCUUACGGAAAUUCCUACAUCCUGGUAGCAGUCGACUAUGUAUCAAAGUGGAUAGAAGCCAAGGCCACGAGCACUUGUGAAUCCAAGGAGGUCACUAAGUUCCUCAAGAGUCAUAUAUUCAGCCGAUUUGAGAUACCAAGGGCAAUCAUAUCCGAUCAAGAGACUCAUUUUUACAACUGUACAGUCGAAGCGUUGAUGAAAAAGUACGGGGUCCAUCACCGACUAUGCACUCCCUACCACCCGCAAGCCAAUGGGCAAGCAGAGAUCUCAAACAGAGAGAUAAAAAGCAUCUUGGAAAAGACGGUCAACCCCUCCAGAAAGCAUUGGAGCACAAGGUUGGAUGAUGCUCUGUGGGCGUAUCGAACAGCCUACAAAACUCCUAUAGGGAUGUCCCCAUACCGCAUUGUUUUUGGGAAGAUGUGCCACUUACCAGUGGGAAUUGAGCACCGAGCGUACUGGGCAGUUCAGCAAGUUAACAUGGAUGAUAGAGCCUGUGAGGAGGAAAGGAAGUUGAAACUACAUGAGCUGGAAGAACUCAAAUUGGAGUCAUUUGACUCAGCCAUGUGGUACAAGGAGAAAACGAAGAUGUGGCACGACAAAAAUCUGAGGACCAAGGAUCUCCAAGUUGGCCAGAAAGUACUACUCUUCUAG